GUGUCAUUAAUCACAAGAAAGACAAGCCGCACCUGAACUCUGCCCUAUUGAACCUCCUGACUAUAAGACUGGAAGAUAUUUACCCAGCCUCUCGAUCCUACUUUGCUCUUAAACCCUAGCCGUUCUCUUAGAUUUUUUAGAUUUUCUUCUCAAAGUGGGUAUAAAUGGCAUUCUGUAACAAAUUUGGGAGCCUGGUGAGGCAGAGCGUUUCCCAGAAUGGUCAAGUUCAAAUGGCCUCUAUGUUGAAUUCUAUUCGCUGCAUGUCAUCAAACAAGCUUUUUGUGGGAGGUCUUUCGUAUGGGACUGAUGACCGGUCUCUAAAGGAUGCUUUUUCUGGGUUUGGUGAAGUGAUUAGUGCAAGGGUUAUCACUGAUAGAGAUUCUGGAAGGUCAAGGGGAUUUGGGUUUGUUGACUUCUCAAACGAUGAGUCUGCAAGUGCAGCAUUGUCAGCAAUGGAUGGCCAGGAAUUACAAGGACGAAGCAUUCGAGUGAGUUAUGCCCAAGAUAGUUCUCGUGGUCCACGAUCUUUCAACAACAACAAUUUUCGCGGGAAUGGAAGGUUUGGGGAUGAAAAUGGUUGCUAAGAAGUUGUCACCAUCAAUGUACUGCCCUGUAGCUAGUUAUUACUGGUUCAGAAUGUAGUUCUCUUAUUUACUUUAAUUGUAUUUGCUCAACUUGAGCGUGGCAAUUGCCUUUCUGACGUGGGCUUGGUAAGUUUAAAUCUGGAGAUAUUGUUUUUGUUGUUUUGCAUGCCCUGCUACAGAAGCACAUUUGAUUAAAUGGUUCACUGGAGGGAAUUUGCAUGACUUGGGCUUGCAAUACGGUAGAGGGCUCUUAACUGCAAGAGGGAGAUUUCUUUUGCAGUCUUUGGGAAAUAAAUGGUUUCCUAUGAGCAUUGCCUUAGUGCAGUUAUGAUGUUCCUGCCAGAACCAUCAAUUUUUAUUGUUGGUUGCAGUUGUGUUUUUGUUUUUAGCUUUGCUAAUGGUGGAGUGAAUUAAUAUUUUCUUA